CACCACACAGUUUACUAACAUAUAAAUACAGUUUAUGGAACAUCCGAGCUCACCGCGCAAACAGAUAACGAUGACCAAAGAAGAAGAGGUUGCCGCUGUGCAAGCUAAACUAGCGACUAUAAAUUCCGACUGUGAUAAGUCUGUACCUUUGGGUAUUCAACGUAUCAUAACACCGCCCAGACAAACUGAAUCACCUCUACACACUAAAGAGUUCGAUGAGAGGUUCUAUCGAGCUGUCCAUUACUGUCACGUGGGUGAUAUUGAUGGUCUGAAGAAGGUGCUUGAGGAGGGAUUGGAAGUCAAUCACGUGGAUUGGGAUGGACAGUCACUGCUACACAUUGCUGCAUCUGAAGGCCAUUUUGCCGUUGCCCGUUUUCUGCUGGAAAAGGGUGCUAAAACUUCCAAGCGCAACCGUUGGGGUCAGAUGCCGAUCGAGCACGCCGUGGCCAAUCAGAAUGAAGAGAUGGUGUCCGUGCUGGCGGGCGAGGGUCAAAUGUCCGCUGCCGUUAGACCGUGGAAUUGUGAGAAUGACAAGGCAACGCUUCUGUUGUACCAUGAUAUUCUGCUCAGUGGAGGCAUACUCUCGUCGGCACUCCAAGGAGCUACUGCAAUGAGUACCCACCGACAACGUGACUACCUGUCCUUCUUCCAGCACCUGCAGAACGAAGGCUGCAAAGCCGUGUCUCUACAGGAUGUGAUCCUGUCUGGCUGCCACACUCCUGAGUUCCACGAGUACAUGCUGGACCACAUUGUGUGCACCACCGACGAUGAGAACGUCACACAGAAAGAGAUUCUUAGCUACAAGAAGGUCAUUCUGCAAGGCAUGAACAUGCACCAACUGGGAUACGCCGGGGCCAAUCAUAUAGCGCUAAAUUUAAAACGCGCCAUCGACGGGCGCCUGGAGUGUGACAAGUACUAUGUCGAGCCACUGUCCGAUCUGCUGAAUGAGCGCUUACAGAUCUGUACCCCCAAGGGCGUUGUAUUGACAACCACCGUCGUGGACAGUCACAAAGAGAAGAUUCUGCGCCACGUGUUCGAGCGCCUGGGAUUGCCCAUCAUCGCCAAUCUGCCGCAGCCCCUGCAGAUGAAUGGUAAGGACUAUGUGCCUGCUGGAGCGGACCUUUGUUUCAUGGGUGUUGGUCUUGGCACCAAUGAGUCGUCAGUCCGGUACUUGAUGAAGAAGGAGGUAUUCGGCACUGCACGUGUGGCGGUGGUGCGUGAUAUCUUCGACCGUUCGCCUGAGCGUGGCUACUUGGACCAGGUCAUGAAGAUUGUGGAUGCCAAAAGUGUGCUGAUUCUGGACUCUAUCAUUGGAGAGAACAAUCUCAACCGGCGACUGGUCAAUGAAUACGUGUACUGCAACAGCCGCAACAGAUACGUCCUCUCGCGCAUGAACAUGGAGCUAUCCGCGUACAUCCGUGAUGUGGGCAUGAACGUCGUGCGCUUGCCCGAGUCCAUCUACAACACACAUGGCCUGGGUGUAUUUAACUUUGGAGAGGGCCAACUAUUGGUCAAUAACGCAGAGAUCGCCGACAUCCUCGAGGGUAGUGCACACUUCAGUGGGACGGUGAAGUGUGUGACGUUUGACUUUGAGAGCGAGCUCAAGAGUGACUGGAUCUUUAACACGACGCUGGUGUUCAGGCAGAAGCCUGCGGUGGAUGGCAUGCCAACGAUUGACUUGAAGCCGUUCAACCCACCUACGGACAGAGUGCAGCGCGCAUGGGGCACCUCAAACGAUACUCAGAUCCACCAGACAACCAACACGGUGAUGAUGGUGGCUCCCGUUGGAUUCUGCACCAACGAGGAAACGGCAGCCGAUAAUUACUUUAUGCACAAACACGGCAUGUCAGCAGAUGAGGUGGAGCGGAAGGCCCUUGCAGAGUUCUCUGAGUUCCAUCGCAAACUCACCACGCUGGGCGUGACGGUGCUAUUGUUUGUCAACGAGCGUUGGUACAAGUCGCCUGAUUCGGUCUUCCCCAAUAAUUGGUUUAGUACACAUUCCGCCACAGAGUUUGACGAGAAGAAGUCGACUGUGGUGUUCUAUCCCAUGAAAACGGAGUCGCGCCGAAAAGAGCGCCGCGAAUAUAUCAUCAGUGAUAUGCAGGAAGUAUACGAUCGGGAAAUGAGCUUCACCCAAUGGGAGUACUCCGAUUUCCCCAGUUUCCUGGAAUCUACAGGUGUGAUCGUUGCCGAUCGCAAGCGCCGUAUCGCCUACAUCGCCCUAUCCCAGAGAGCCAACCGCCGCAUUGCUGAGACUUGGGCCAAACGCCUGGGCUACACUCUGUGCCUCUUCCAUGCUACAGACGCGGAGAUGCGCCCCAUUUAUCACACCAACGUGCUCAUGGCAGUUGGCAGCUCGUGUGCGGUGGUGUGCCUGGAGAGUAUUGAGGAUAAGGCUGAGCGAGAGAACCUGGUUAAGACGUUAGAGCAGAGCCACAAGAUCAUCGCCAUCACUCGCGCACAGAUGAAUGAGUUGUGUGGCAAUGUGUUGGAGGUGCACGGGGAGCCCUACAGCAAACGUAUCAUGGUCAUGUCCACACGGGCCUACAAUGCCUUUACGGACGAACAGAAGGGGCUGAUGCUCGAUUAUGUGGACAACAUCCUACACACCUCCAUUGACACCAUCGAGAACAUCGGUGGUGGUGGGGUGCGUUGUAUGAUGGGCGAGAUAUUCUAGGUACAUCAUCUGCAAAGGCGGCUGUGUACAUGCAUGCACGCACACACGUUCGAUGUGUUGUGUGUGCUUGUGUACGUACACGCUCACAGGCGUACGUACUUGCAUACACAGCCGGCCACGGUGUGUGUUUAGUUCUAUAACUGUUAACGGGUCCGUCUGGGGCCUAUCGCGAUACCGUUUGGGAAUGGAGGGAGACGUUAAAUGAUGCGAGCGAAUUUUGGUACAGCUUAUACACAUAUGCCUACGCGCGCGCACACACAUACAUACAUACACAAGCAACGCACAAACUUCAAGGUAAAUGGCACACAGAAACAUGAAGAACUGGCUUAUCCUUGCACAUAAAAAAACACGACACUACACAUUAACAUGAAGGACUCGCUUAUCCUUGCACAAACAACACGAGGCCACACAGAAACCAACUACACACAGACAGAGACUGAUGCCAUCGACACAUACGCCCAGGGUGAGCAUGUAGUGCGUGGCCAUGGUGACGCAUCUCGCAUGCGUUGUUAAGCACGAGCAUGUGUCUACAAUGCCGUACACGUGAACGCAUGUACACCAACAGGGCACACCCACCAGCUGCAGAAGAGGAUUGCUCUCCGACAUCCACACGCACACCCGUUAUCACCAUCCAUACGUUAUGGGCUUAUGGGUAUACGCUCUCGGCUACCACAUAGCAACUCGUGCGGAAACGCGCACGUACUGUCCCCCGACUAUUCUUUUAUUUGAAGGGUCGUUGGGCGUUGGGUUUAGAUCCAUGGUUGUUCCUUGGUGACCAUCCGUGCGGCCAAGAUAUGCCAAUACAGUCAUGCGGCGACCGACAAGGACUUCGGCGAGCCCGCAAAUAACUCGAACCUCGACUCGUUAACGGUUCAUAUAGGUGCACCGAUGUCAGUUGUUAUGCUUGCAGACUAUACUGUAAGAUAUACGUACGCGUAGGUAGGUAUAUAAUGUGGUUUGCUCGUCGUAUAUUCAGUUGUACUUCAAAAUUGCUUGACGCGUGACGUCACCGAGCACGGUCAGGGGACAGUUCUUUGACAUGACGCGUGACACCUGACAUUUUACUCUGGUUGUUAGUUAGCCUACUGAGGACGCUCGAUGAAAGGUGCACCAUGCACCUGGAUUUCUGGUGCAGGACUGCUUAGGGUUCGGAGUUGCGUUGAUGAGGUAGGAUUUUGUGGGGAAAGUAAGUGGUUUAGAUUCCGGAACUGAUGAAUAUUGGGUGCUGUGCACACUCGAGCAUGAGUGAGUAUAGAAGGUGUACUGUACGCGCUGAUAUAUGUACAUGUGUUGAGCGAUUGGCACCUGAGAUUUGGGAUUGACUCCGAUCUCGCUGCGAUGUAGCACAACAUAUAGAGGACAUCGGAGAGACUAAUAUCGCAUUGAAUUAUAUGGUCUUCAGAGUUGGUAAUUCUAUAGUUGAAUAAAAUGUAUUCGGCAAUCAGAAAGGUC